CUGUGCCCGCCGCUGAGGCCAUUGUCCGGCCCUGUGGUGGCGGAGGCAGGUUUGCGAAGCUGGCCCUUACUCAGGACAGCACCGCCGCGAACAGAGACUGCAGCGGGCGCUAGAGGGGCGGUCCCGAGGUCGCGGAUCCCGAAGCCCCGGAGGCGGUGAUUCCCAGUGCCGUGGGUAGGAGGCUGGACUCCCGGCCUCGCCCACCAUCCUGCGGGCGGACUGGGCGUGGCGAGGCGGCCAGGGCCUUUCAUUUGGCCUUGGGGGAGAUGCAGGCGGAGGCGGUCUCCUUCGGCCCUUUGGGCUGAAGUGGCUGCAGGGCUGCAGGGAUAGGGCGGCGGGGUAGCGGGAUGAGUGGAUCCUGUCCUCUCUCCUCAGCCCCGGAUCGUAGCCAGCACACACUGAGGCAGGAAUGGCCCCGAGGCCUCCGAUGGUCACGCCCCAGCAAGGUCUGUUCCUGGACUUUGGGAGGAGCAUUUGUGGAGUUGAUCCCUACCUGAGCAGGCCUGUGAUCCCACAGGAGUCCGUGACAUUCAAAGAUGUGGCUGUGGACUUCACCCGGGAAGAAUGGCACCACGUGGGCCCUGCCCAGAGGAGCUUAUACAGGGACGUGAUGCUGGAGAACUACAGCCACCUGGUCUCUCUCGGGUAUCAGGUGUCCAAGCCAGAGGUGAUCUUCAAAUUGGAGCAAGGAGAAGAGCCGUGGAUAUCAGAGAGAGAAAUCCAGAGACCUUUCUGUCCAGACUGGAAGACCAAGCCUGAAACCAAGCCGUCAAGUCUUCGGCAGGGCACAUCUGGAGGAUCCCACAGUACAGAUGUUCUGUCACGUGCCACACAGGGAGAUCCCUGGGAUGUCAGGAUCCAGAGGCACCAGGAGAGUUGGGGGAGACAUCUGGGACCAGAGGCAUCGGCCCAGAAAGAAAUAGCCACUCUGGAGACAAAUCUGGAGCAAAAUAAAUUUGACGAAGACUCUAGAUUGAGCACAGACUUGGUCCCACAACUAGACAUGCCUUCAAGUGUGAGGCCCAGUGGCUGUGAAACACUUGGAAAUAACUUGGAGUUAGUUACUCGGAAUAGUGUCCUUGCAAAAAAGAAGCCUUAUAAAUGUGAUAAAUGUCGAAAGUCAUUUAUUCACAGAUCAUCCCUUAAUAAGCAUGAGAAAAUUCAUAAAGAUGAUGCUUAUCCCAAUGGUACAGACCAAGGCAUCUAUCCUGGAAGGAAACAUCAUGAAUGUACUGAUUGUGGGAAGACCUUCCUCUGGAAAACACAGCUUACUGAACAUCAGAGAAUUCACACUGGGGAAAAGCCCUUCGAGUGUACUGUGUGUGGGAAGGCCUUCAGGCACAGCUCAUCCCUCGGUCAGCAUGAAAAUGCACACACAGGAGAGAAGCCUUACCAGUGUAGUCUCUGUGGGAAAGCCUUCCAGCGCAGUUCCUCCCUCGUUCAACACCAGAGAAUCCACACUGGAGAAAAACCCUACCGAUGCAAUCUCUGCGGGCGGUCAUUCAGGCAUGGUACCUCCCUCACUCAACACGAGGUUACACACAGUGGAGAGAAACCCUUCCAGUGCAAGGAGUGCGGGAAAGCCUUUAGUAGAUGUUCUUCGCUUGUCCAGCACGAGAGGACUCACACCGGAGAGAAGCCUUUUGAAUGUAGCAUAUGUGGGAGGGCUUUUGGGCAGAGCCCAUCCCUCUACAAGCAUAUGAGGAUUCACAAAAGAGGCAAGCCUUACCAAAGCAGCGACUCCAGCAUGGCUUUGGAGCCCAAUGCAUCUCUGAUUCCAGGUGAAAGUGCACUUCCUGAAGUGAAUUCGCACCAUCGUGAUAACUGUGGGGAAGACUUCAGUCACAUCGCAGAUUUCACGGACCAUCAGAGGGUCCAUGCUGGAGAGACAUCCUAUGACGCUGAGCAGUCUGUGUCUCGGCCCGGAGAGAAGCCUUACCAGUGUAAUGUAUGUGGAAAAGCUUUUAAAAGGAGCACAAGUUUCAUAGAGCAUCAUAGAAUUCACACUGGAGAGAAACCCUACGAAUGUAACGAAUGCGGAGAAGCCUUCAGUCGGCGCUCCUCACUGACCCAGCACGAGAGAACCCACACUGGAGAGAAACCCUAUGAAUGUAUCGACUGUGGCAAAGCCUUCAGUCAGAGCUCAUCCCUUAUUCAGCAUGAAAGAACACACACCGGGGAGAAACCCUAUGAAUGUAAUGAAUGUGGGCGUGCCUUUAGAAAGAAAACCAACCUGCACGAUCACCAGAGAAUCCAUACUGGAGAAAAACCUUACGCUUGUAAGGAAUGUGGGAAAAACUUCAGUAGGAGCUCAGCUCUUACUAAACACCAGAGAAUUCAUGCACGAAACAAACUGUAGGAAAGCGAAAAUUAUGGAACGGGUAGGAAGCUUUGUCUAAAGUACUGUCCCAAUCUAGUAUCAGGAUUCUGAAAGUUUGGAAAUGUAAAUAUGUUUUUGUACCCUGCAUAUGGAAAAAACUGUGCCAAGAGACAGGUUUUUUUUUUUUAAAUAAAAGCCACUCUUUUCUAUUUGA